AUGGAUGACGACUACGCUUCCGGCUCGGUCGACGCCGACCGCGAAAUGACCAGACUCUGGCGCACAUGGAGAACCGUCUUUGAGAUGCUGCAGGAUCGACCCUCUCCCCAGAGAAUCCUUCUAACGCUCGCCAGUCGCGCCAAAAUGAAGAUCCAAGCCCGUCCCACCGAGGCCAUGCAAGUGAAAUACACCCCCCUGACCAAGCAGGGCCAGUCGCCCGCGCCCGCCGACUGCGGCACCAUCUACGUCGAAUUUUGCCCCGACAGCAGCGGCGUCGGCACCAAACAGGUGCGCGCCUUCAACCACACCGUCGACGAGCACAACUUCCACACCGGCAUCUUCAUCACCCAGACCCCCAUCUCGCCCUCCGCCGUGCGCCUCCUCAGCGGCGUCCCCGGCCGUAUCUGCGAGCACUUCCAGGAGCAGGAUCUGCUUGUCAACAUUACCCGCCACGAGCUCGUCCCGAAACACGUCCUGUUGAGCCCCGAGGAGAAGAAGCGCCUGCUCGACCGCUACCGUCUGAAGGAAUCGCAGCUGCCCCGUAUCCAGGUCUCCGACCCCGUCGCCCGGUACCUGGGUCUGCGUCGCGGCCAGGUCGUCAAGAUCAUCCGGAAGAGUGAAACCGCGGGUCGGUACGCCAGCUACCGCUGGGUUAUCUAA